GCCGAGCCACAAAACCACGGGCUCAAGAUUCAGGGGCCAACCCAACUAAAAUAAAUAAAUAUUAAAAAAAAGAAAAAUAGAAACCCAAGAACAAUCGCCCGACAUUCAUUUUAGCAACUCCCGCGACUCGAAAAUUCUUGAUUUUUUGUCGAUUUUUUCGAGUUUUCCUUGGUUUUAUCAAUUUAUGUUCACACACGAACGAAUUCCUCAGUCAUUGGACUGUAACGUUUUUCAUGCGGAAAAAAGCUAUAAUCAUCAAAUAACCAAAACAAAAAGGAAAGUUGAAAAAAGAAAAAUGGAAGGCAGAAGGAACUGUUCGUCUGUUAUUACUCACGACUCUUUAAUCCGUUCCUCGAUCCUUCCUUCAUUUGUUUUUUCCUUCAAUUUUCACGAUCCCCUGUUACUAUUUUUAUUUUUGUUUUUAUUAAUCCGCUCUCGUUGUUGCUAUUAUUAUUUAUUGAUAUUCAUAUUGGUGAUAUUCUGUAUUUAUCGUUUGAUCGUCCGCAUUUUAUCUUUCUUCGCUGUCACGGCAUUUAGAUAUAGGGCAAGGAAGAAAAUAGGAUGGUCAUAGGUCAUUGGAAACCCUAGUUUCUAGGUCGAGAUUUCUUCUGGGUGGGGGGUCGAUUUGAAGUUUUGAUCGGUCUCGAUCUUCUUCUUCGAUGGAGGCUGCGUCGGAAGGAGACAACAGAAAUGGUGGGGGCGAUAAGAAUAUUUCCGGCGAAGGAAAGAGCAAGCCCAAGCGUCAGAUGAAGACGCCGUUUCAGCUGGAAACCCUAGAGAGAGCCUUUGCGUUGGGGGCGUAUCCAACAGAGUCGUUUCGGGCAGAAUUAUCUGAGAAGUUAGGGCUAUCCGACCGGCAAUUACAAAUGUGGUUUUGCCACAGAAGGUUGAAGCAGAAGAAGGAGACAUUGGCAAGAAGGCCACGGGCUACGGUUUCAUUGGAUUCUACCAGAGAUGAAACCAUGAUGGUCGCUGAGCCGGGCAGUGAGCAUUUUUCUGGUUCUGGUUCUGGUUCUGGUUCUGGUUCUGGAUCCGGGUCUGGGUCAAGCCCGUACAGGCACAGGGAACAUUGGAAAGGUUUAUCUCGGAGGGUGGCAGUGCAGUCGAUGAUGAUUGAUGAUGACUUGCCAAUGGCGCAAGAAUAUCAUGAAUUGCCGUUGUCAGUGUUGGAGCGUAGAGCAAUUGCUCUGGUAGAGUCUCAGUUGGGGGAGCCUUUGAGGGAAGAUGGGCCAAUUCUUGGCAUGGAGUUCGAUCCAUUGCCACCGGAUGCUUUUGGGGCACCUAUUGCAAUUUUGGAGCAGCAGAAGCAACCUGCAAGUCCUUCCAAGUGCAAAAUAUAUGAAAGACAUGAUGCCCGCUUUUACAAAGCAGUUGCAAGGCCCCUAGGUGAAUAUCAAUCUCUUAGACAUGAGUCCAGUAUGAGAUCUGAUGCAGAUGGAGGAGUUGCCCCACCCCGUUUCUAUGAUUUGGUGAUCGAUGACACUAUUGCCAGGGCUUCAAUGCAUAGCAGUGACCACCUUUCCAGGAGAUUUGGAGUCCAAGGUAAUGCAUUGCUUGACCCUCUUUCAUUUGAACAAGAUACACAGGAAGACAUCUACUCAUCGCAUCCAGGGGGUUAUGACCAUCUUCCACAAAAUACUUCCUUUACAAAUGUCGAAGUGGGUGUUGCCUGUCCAAUUAUAGGUCCAGAAAAUCAAGAUGCGUCACCUGAUAGGCAAAUAUCUCGUAAUGAGGAUAUUCUGCGGAAGAAAAGAAAGCAGAAGACCGAAGAAGUUAGAAUGACAAGAGAAGCUGAAGCUCAUGAGAAACGGAUCAGGAAGGAACUUGAGAAACAAGAUGCUUUGAGGCGAAAGAGAGAAGAACAAAUGCGGAAAGAAAUGGAGAAGCAUGAUCGUGAAAGGAGGAAGGAAGAAAAGAGAUUGAUACGUGAAAAGCAGCGAGAGGAGGAGAGGUUACGGCGUGAGCAAGGACGCGAACUUGAACGGAGAGAGAAGUUAUUGCAGAAAGAAUAUAUAAAAGCUGAGAAAAGGAGGCAGAAGGAAGAGCUUCGCAGAGAGAAGGAAGCAGCAAAACGUAAAGCAGCUAUUGAAAGAGCCACUGCACGAAAAAUUGCUAGAGAAUCCAUGGGACUGAUUGAGGAUGAACAGUUGGAACUGAUGGGCUUUGCUGCCUCGAGCAAAGGGUUACCCUCAAUCAGUUCUCUUGACCACAGUACUAUACAAAACCUUGAGUUAUUCCGGGAUUCUUUGAGUGCAUUCCCACCAACAUCCGUCAAAUUGAAGCGCCCAUUUGCAAUAGAACCUUGGAUUGAUUCAGACGAGAAUAUUGGAAACCUUCUCAUGGUUUGGAGAUUUUUGAUAACUUUUGCUGACGUUCUUCAGCUUUGGCCUUUUACUCUUGAUGAGUUUGUUCAAGCCUUACAUGACUAUGAUUCAAGAUUGUUGUGUGAGGUACAUGUUGCUCUUCUGAAAGUGGUUAUAAAAGAUAUUGAGGAUGUUGCAAGGACAACUACUGGAGGAGGAACGAAUCAAAAUAGCAUUGCUAAUCCUGAGGGUGGACAUCCAUCAAUUGUUGAAGGGGCAUAUUCAUGGGGUUUUAACAUUCGCAACUGGCAGCAACACUUAAGUGCACUAACAUGGCCUGAAAUAUUACGUCAAUUUGCAUUGUCUGCUGGGUUUGGACCAAAAUUAAAGAAUCAAAGUUCUGAACCAGCAUACUUGCAUGAUAACACUGAGGGUAAAGGUUGUGAAGAUAUAGUUUCUACUCUAAGAAAUGGUUCUGCAGCUGAAAAUGCGGCUGCGAUGAUGCAAGAAAAAGGUUUCUGUCUUUCUCGCAGAUCUAGGCGUCGAUUGACACCCGGAACAGUAAAAUUUGCAUGUUUUCAUGUUCUUUCGCUCGAGGGAAGCAAGGGCCUAACGAUUUUAGAACUUGCAGACAAGAUUCAGAAAUCUGGACUUCGGGACCUAAAAAUGAGCAAGGCGCCAGAGGCAUCUAUUGCUGCUGCUUUGUCAAGAGAUGCAAAACUUUUUGAAAGGAUAGCACCUUCAACAUAUUGUGUUCGAUCACCUUUUAGGAAAGAUUCUGCUGAUGCUGAAUCAAUACUGUCAGCAGCCAGAGAGAAACUUCAGACAUUAGAAAAUGUGUUUUUGGCUGGAGAAGAUGCUGAAAUUUUUGGAAGAGAUGAAGACUCUGAUUGUGAUGUUGCUGAGUUGUCUGAAGUUGAAGAUCUUGGUACUCCUUUGAUCACAAUAAAAAAUGCUGACCAUUAUGAUGAAGUAGGCACAUGUUCAGAAACUGGAAAAGGGAACUUCGAUUUUAAUGAUUCUGUUAAUUUGCACAAUGGAUUUUAUGCUGCUGGAAAGGAUUAUUCUCCAUCCCUUUUGAGUUGCUCUAGGAAUGCAGAUGAUACUAUGAUUUAUCAUUUUGCUACUGGUGAAGACACCAGUGCAAGUAAGCCUGAUUCGGAAGGCAUAGAGAUUGAUGAAAGCAAGUCAUACGAACCAUGGGUGCUAGGACUUACAGAAGGAGAAUAUUCUGAUCUGAGUGUUGAUGAGCGUCUCAAUGCCCUUGUUGCCUUAGUUAGUCUUGUCAACGAAGGAAAUUCAGUUCGUACUGUUCUCGAGGAACGUUUAGAAGCAGCAAAUGUUCUUAAAAAGCAAAUGUGGGCAGAGGUGCAACUCGAUAAGAAACGCAUAAAAGAAGAGAAUACAACCAAAUUACGUCAUCCAUCUUUUAUGGGGAGUAAGGCUGAAACAAAAUUCUCUAGUUCUGCUUUAGAGGAGUGCCAAAGUCCAUUGCUUCCUGUUAAGAAAAAUGGUGGGGCACCUCUCGCUGCUGCAGCAACUCAAGAGUCGGUUAUUGGCCCCAACAGUUUUCCUGUUGAAAGGACCUUGGCAGAUCAAGAUUUUUCUAUGGGUCCAGACAACUUCUCACAUCAACAAUGCAAAUAUGCUGCAGAGAGAUCACGCUCACAGCUAAAAUCUUAUAUUGCCCAGAGAGCAGAAGAGUUAUAUGUGUACAGGUCCUUGCCUCUUGGUCAAGAUCGGAGGCAUAAUCGUUACUGGAAGUUUGUUGCAUCUGCUUCUAGAAAUGAUCCUGGUGCUAGCAGGAUUUUUAUUGAAUCACAGGAUUGCCAUUGGAGGCUUAUUGAUUCUGAAGAGGCCUUUGAUGCUCUUUUGAUGUCUUUGGAUACACGUGGUAUUAGGGAAUACCAUUUGCACUCAAAGUUGCAGAAGAUUGGUGCAUCCUUCAAGGAAAAUGCUCGAAGGAACUUGCAGUGUACUAAUGCUCUGGGCUAUUUUGAAACCAGUGCUGAAAAUGAAGUUUCUGAAAUGGAUUUGAGUCCUCAUUGUACCCAUGGCUUUGACAGUCCUGGCAGUAUGGUUUGUGGUUUAAAUCCUGAUACUCUGGAGUCCUCUUUGUCUUUCAAAAUUCAGCUUGGAAAGAAUGAAACAGAGAAGGAGGCUGCUUUGAAAAGAUAUCAAGAUUUCCAGAAGUGGAUAUGGCGAGAAUGCUUUAAUUCAUUAAAAGUAUGUGCCAAGAAAUAUGGGGAAGAAAGGUGCACACAACUGUUGAAGAUUUGUGAUAUCUGUCAAGAUUCUUAUGAUUCUGAAGGCAACCACUGCCUUUCUUGUCACAAGACAUUUGGAGAAUUUGAUGAAAACGUAAACAAAUUUUCGGAACAUGCGAUUCAAUGUAGAGAGAAAAGGAAGCUAGAUGCCUGGAAUUUGCAUUUAUCAGAUUCUUCUCUUCCCCUGCGAAGCAAAUUGAUCAAGGCUCUCUUAGCUUUCAUUGAGGUUUCUAUUCCUUCGGUGGCUCUUCAAUCUUUCUGGGAAUACCAUAGAAAAACUUGGGGUAUGAAGUUGUGCAAUUCAUCAUCCACUGAGGAUCUUUUGCAGGCCUUGACUCUGUUGGAGGGUGCCAUAAAACCAGACUGUUUAUCGUCAAACUUUGAGACAACAAAUGAAUUGUUGAACUCCUGUACUUUGUCAGGGAGGGCUGCAUGUGAUUCUGCUCAUCCUGGUCCAUUUACUGUACUUCCAUGGAUACCUCAGACUACUGCUGCUGUGGCUCUGAGACUUAUGGAGCUUGAUGCAUCGAUAUCCUACGAACAAGAUCAGAAGGUUGAGACUCUUGAAGACAUGGCAGUGGGAGAUUUCAUGAAACUUCCAUCAAGCUAUGCCGUAGUCAAGAAUACCCAAAAGGUUGAACCGGCAGAAAUGGACGAAGACAAAGCAAUGGAAGAAAUAAACUGUUUGGUCCUUGGCAACAAACAUCAAAGCUCUGUAUGUCAGCGUGGGGACCGUGGGCGAGGACAUGGUCGUGCGCACAAUGCUGGGUGGCACAAGAGAGUUACUGGUUCCAGGUCUGAAACCGGAAAACCAAUUGCUGGGGACAAUGAAAAUGUUGAUCUAUGUGUCAGACAGUUGGGAAGAAAAACACAUGGACAGGUCACUGGUUGGGGUCGCCGUAUGAUUAGGAGGAGACGAACAGAGAACAGGAACAUUAAGGAGAGUCCAUCUCCAUCAGGUCACAUGCAUCACAUCUUUAGCCCUGAUAGAAAUGAAGAAUUGCCUAGAUAUCAGGAUUGGGGGAAAGGGGCCUGUGAAAAAAUCAAGAUGAUGCAAAUGGAGGAUGCUAGUAACAGCAGCAGUGCAGAAGAGAUGGAGUCUAAUGAGACUGCCCAGGCAAUAGGGCAAAAGUGUGAGAGUUUCAGGCAAGGUUUCGACGUUGCUUCAAAUGGAAGGACUGGACAUUUUAUGGAGGUGAAUGAGGAGAAUGUAAAUAGUGAUAAUAAUGGUGAUGGAGAGGAUGUAGCUGAAAAGUCGGAUGAAAGUGUGGAUAUGUAUGAGGGCUCUGAUGGACUAGGGAAUGAGUCUGGGAGUGAGGAUGAAAGUACAGAAUCUGCAGUUUCAGACAGUUGCAGUGAUUGAAGUCUAAUUAUCUUCAGAGAAAUUACUGAUUCAUUCUUAGUUGAUGUCCACAGCCGCAAGUUUUUGUUGCAUCUUGCUAAUGGCUGAACCUGUACAUGACGACAGCGACAGAUUUAUACACAGCAUAUGCUCCUUUGCUUUUCAGUCACUUGGAGGGGAAAACAUAGCCAGAAAGAUGAACAGAAACACAUGGGGGUUAGAAGAGGAAAUAGAUGUACCAUUUGUUAUCAACACCAAAUUUAGAAAUUAGGUAAGGCAAACAGAUUCAUUUAAUUCCCCUUUUCUUCAAAUAUUAUUUACAUCUUUCUAAACCUGCUGCUGUCUUCAGUAAUGAAGACAGCCUCAUUUUAAUUUCUGUGACCCUCUCAAAUGAUAUGCCAAUGGCAUGAUUUAAAGAGGUGCAGCCUCUUCCUGUGAGCACGAUCUGAAUGCAUGCCCGUGCGGAAUAUUAGUUGUUGCUUGCGUGGCAAAAUUCAACAGGCAGCUGUAUUUAUAUGCUGCAGGGGGGAAGAGGGCCAUGCUCAAAAUUCAGAGAAGAACCUGGCAAGUUCAAUUCUCUCUAGCGCAGACAGCAUGAUCACUAGCCUUUAAAUUUCGUGGAUCUGCCUGUCAAUAUUUGAAAGGACCUUUUUGGUAUUUAAGAUGUACCAAUCUGGCAAAAACGAUGAUGGGAUGCCUGGAGUUCUAAUGCUUUUCACAAAGUAUUGUCAUGGCGUAGCACUUGAGGCAUGUCUCUUUCAGUAUUAUUUUACUCUUUUAAGAACAUUUAAUUGAAUCUUCAAAGCAAUGGAGACUAACUGCCUGAUGCCUCUCCAUUAGUUCUUUUCUCCAAAA